AUGGGCUCCUCAGAAGCGGCGAUGCUGCCCGUCAAGAACCAGGUCCUGUUGGGGACGUUUGUGCACAGCAAGACGGCGCAGGAGCUGGACUACAUGCACAACACCGCCGUUGCCGUCGACUCCCACGGCACAAUUGUUGGGAUCGAGAGGGAUGCAGCAGAUGUCAUGAGCGCCAAGGCGAAGCUGCUCGCCAACUUGGGCUGGAGCGAGUCUGAUGUGCAAGUCUGCGUAAGCAAAGAGGGCCAGUUCUUCUUUCCCGGCUUCAUAGACACCCAUGUCCAUGCGCCCCAGUAUGCAAACGUGGGCAUCUUCGGCAAGUCGUCUCUGCUUGACUGGCUCGAGAAGUACACGUUCCCUCUCGAGUCCAGCCUCAAGGACCUCGACAGGGCGCGCAUGGUGUACAAUGCCUGCGUGAGACGCACCCUGUCCCACGGUACCACCACGGCUGCAUACUACGCUACCGUUGAUGUUGCUGCCACAAACCUGCUGUCGAAGCUCUGUCUGUCCGUCGGCCAGCGGGCAUUCAUCGGCAGGGUGUGCAUGGACCGGCCUGGCAUCUGCCUUGACUACUACAAGGACGAGUCGGCGGAGCAGUCCAUCAAGGCGACCCUCGAGUCCAUUGCCUACAUCAAGGAGAUUGAUCCCACGCACGAGAUUGUGUCGCCCAUCCUGACGCCGCGCUUCGCCCCGGCGUGCACGUCCGAGGCCAUGCACUCGUUGUCCAAGAUCCAGCGCGAGCUAGACCUGCCGGUGCAGACGCACAUCUCGGAGAACACGGACGAGGUCAAGCUCGUGAGCGAGCUGUUCCCGGACUCCAAGUCGUACGCCGACGUCUACGACAAGCACGGCCUGCUGACGCCCCGGACGAUCCUCGCCCACGCCGUCCACAUCACCGACGACGAGGCGGACCUCAUCGUCGCGCGCAAAUCCAAGAUUGCCCACUGCCCCUGCAGCAACAGCUCCCUGACGAGCGGCGAGGCCCGCGUCCGGUGGAUGUGGGACAAGGGCAUCGAGGUCGGCCUCGGCACCGACAUGAGCGGCGGCUACAGCCCGUCGAUCCUCGAGGCGGCGCGCCACGCCACCCUCGCAAGCAGGCACCUCGCCAUGGACAUUGCCGACAGGAAGGAGCGCGAGAGAGUCAAGCUCACGGUGGACGAGGCGCUGUUCCUGGCGACAAGGGGCGGUGCCAAGGUGGUCGGCCUCGAGGACAAGAUCGGCGGCUUCGAGGUUGGCAAGAGGUGGGACGCGCAGCUCGUGGGCCUGGGCGUGGUGCAGCCGAACGGCUCGCGAAACGGAGAGGAGGUGGCGGCGGCCGCGCACUCCAACGGCGCCGCCAAUGGGCACCCUACUCAAGGGGGACACGGCGGCGACGCCGGCAACGUGGACAUUUUUGGGUGGGAGGCGUGGGAAGACCGCGUGGCCAAGUGGGUGUACAACGGCGACGACCGCAACACCAAGAAGGUCUGGGUCAACGGCAGGCUGGUUCACUCACGACAGUGA